UCAAACUUCGACUUGGGAACAAUAGACAGUAUGGCGUAUCUCUAGAAAUCUCUCUCUCUCUCACACAUUGUCUCUCCAAAAACCUUAUUUAAAUACGCUCUUUGCCCACCUUUCUCCCAUGCAAUUCUUUCCUCUCUCCGCUACCUCUCUCUCUCUCUCUCUCUUUCUCUCUACUUCAUCUCCAAACAUCCAUCUUCACUUCUUCCAUGAUAACUUGUCUCUUCUUCACUUUCUUUCUUUAUCUUAGUUUCCCUUCCUUUUAAGCUUCUCCAUAGCAAUCCACUUUCUUGAUACUUCACUAGUCACCAGCUUCUGUGUCCUGCCGUUUCUUCUCUCUUUUCUAAGCUAUAUAGAGCAGCUUAGUUUUUGACAUAUAUAUAUCAUUAUAUAUUUUUAUAGUUUCAGUGAUAAUUUCUUUUAUAACAUGUCUAGCCGAAGAUCGAGAUCAAGACCAUCAGGGAGUUCAAGAAUCACAGAUGAUCAGAUCCUUGAUCUUGUUACUAAGUUGCAACAGCUUCUUCCUGAGAUUGGUAAUAGGCGUUCGGACAAGGUUUCAGCUGCCAAGGUGUUGCAGGAGACAUGUAACUAUAUCAGAAGCUUGCACAGAGAGGUUGAAGAUCUUAGCGAGCGGCUAUCUGAGUUAUUGGCAACUGCAGAUACUGCACAGGCUGCCAUAAUUAGGAAUUUACUUAUGCAAUAGAGCUGAGAAUUGCUAGCGAGUUCGGCUUUCGUCUUCCUUAAUUAUUUCGUCGUACUUCUCUCUAUAUCUUUCUUUCUUCUAGGUUUUUAUUAUCAAUAGCACCUGGCCUAAUGAUCGUAAUGAAUAUGUAGUGCUUGUUUAAUGGUUAGAAAUAGCUUUUUGCAAGCUUUAUCAGGCUAAGGAAUAUAAUAAAAGGGGCCUUCCAUUUUGCUGACA